AUGGCUGCAAAGGGUCCAACGGUGCAGGAAAAGCAUCAAAUGGUGCAAGAUUACAGCAGCGAUGCCGAGGAGGAAGUUGCAAGACAGAUUGCACCACGACAACCGCCACAACUACAGGUUCAACAGCCGCAGAUUCAGGCCGUGGCCCAGGUGUCCGAAAAGUCGAAUCCUCUGAAACUCAGACUCGACCUGAAUUUAGACGUUGACAUUCAAUUGCGCGCAAAAAUCCACGGCGACGUGACGCUGGCUCUUCUGUGA